AUGUCGCAUUCCUCUGUUCCCCCAGAGCAGCAAACAGAGCAACGACCGACAUCAAAUGCAAGCUCUGUAGCCAUCCCCAACUCUCUUUCCUUCUCAACUUCCAUUUCUUCUACCGAGAUUCUCGAUUCGUACCACAACCACGUCGAUAGCAGCAGUAGCAGCAGCAGCAGCAUUAGCAGCAGCAUUAGCAGCAGCAGCAUCAGCAGAAGUGAUCAGCACGAGUCGACUCAGCCACCAAGCGAAGCCUUUUUGGCUUAUCUCGAUUCUGUUGCGUCUGCCGCAAGGGCGAGGAAUAGCGCUCCUGUUAGUGCUCAGGAGACAUUAGUGAGUAGAUCUUUGGAGGUCAACAAGGCAAGGACGAGUACAGCUUCGCCUCGCUUGGCGGCGCGUUCUUUCGACUCUCCCUCUCUGGCACAUCUCAGCCCAUCAACGGAAGCAGUAGGGGAAGCAGGUGCAUCUGCUUUCAGAACCGAACAGGAACAGACGAGUCUUGUCGGUAUCGCUAUCGCAUCCUCUUCUUCCUCAAAUCAAGCAGAGGCAGGUGGUGCUGCACGAACAAGCUCCAAUCGAUACUCAAAGGUUCCUCACGGUCUUGGACUCUUUGGUGCAACAUCAAAACGCAAGAGUCGCAUAGGAAAUGACGACAUGAAGGACUCUUCUCAUAAUAUCAAUGCCAAGGGGUUGCGGAUUGAGACCUCGAUCCCGAUCGAAGACUCUACCACAGAAGCCAGAACCGGCACAAGUACCGCGCCGGCCCCCACCAAAUUCGAUGACAAAGCCAUAGCUUCAAACCCAUCUGGUCUACAUCCACCUCGUUCAGCAAGAGGAAACAGUCCUCUCUCCUCCCCUGGCCUCGGGUACAAAGCGCCCACAGCACACCAUAUGAUCGGUGGCCUCUCCGUCAAUCAUCCAAAAGGUCUUUCUUCAUCAUCAAGCUUCACUUCGCAUGAGGAGAAGUAUCCUAACAAACGCAACGACGCUUUCUCCACAGGUCUGGUGCCGAUACUCAACAUCAAUGAUUCUUCCAGCUCGAUCUACUCUCUUCCCAGCCCACGCAGACCUUAUGCACCGGGAAGCUUCACAAAUGGUCCUUGCACACCGCUCUCCGCCACAGCCUCUCCGACGGGCCCGUAUUUCGAUGAGAAGAAGCUCGGCGGGUCCAUACCCGGAACACCCGUCCCCCUAUCCCCUUCGAUCCGAGGAGAUGGCGUAACAGAGAUCAAAAUGUGGGGUGAUUACGACGCCGAGGCUGAAGCAGACGAUUACCUCCACGAACCAGAUGCAGAGCAAGACCGCAAAGCCUCCAACAAAGGCAUCUUCCCGCCGAGGGGAGUAUUGAACAUCGGAACGCUAGCAGUGAUUGGGUUGGGCCUGUUGGCGUUGUUCGGCGGCUACCCUGUCAUUUCAUGGCUAACCCGACACAAGUCUUCGACAAAGGGAGGCUUCAAUCUCGGUGGAAUCAACGCCACAGGUCAAGUAGCCGAUCUCAAAAUCGGUCGAAGUCUAGUUGACCCAGAUACCCCCGACAAUGUCAAAACUCGAAACACCCUCGAUGGAACUAACCGCAAAAUGAAUCUGGUUUUCAGCGACGAAUUUAACCGUGAUGGCCGAAGCUUCUACCCUGGUGACGAUCCAUUUUGGACUGCGAUGGAUUUGCAUUAUUGGGGAACGGACAACUACGAAUGGUACGAUCCGAGUGCGGUUACCACGGCGAACGGAAGUUUGGUGAUUACGCUGGAUCAGAUUGCAACGCAUAAUCUAAACUUUAGAGGCGGAAUGCUGCAGUCUUGGAAUCAGUUAUGUUUUACAGGUGGAUAUAUUGAGGUGGCGAUGGUGUUGCCAGGUUCGCCGGAUAUUCCGGGGCUGUGGCCUGCUGCUUGGACGAUGGGGAAUUUGGGGAGAGCUGGGUUUGGUGCUACGACGGAUGGGAUGUGGCCUUAUACGUAUGAUUCUUGUGAUGUGGGGACUUUGCCAAAUCAGACUUUUGCGAAUGGGACUGGGCCUAUCGCAGCGCAGACUACGGGUGUCUACGUCGACAAAUACGGUCCCUAUCUCUCAUACCUCCCUGGUCAAAGAUUAAGUAGAUGCACAUGCGGGAAUUCGGACGAUCACCCAGGACCCAAACAUGCCGAUGGAUCAUGGGUCGGUCGUUCAGCACCUGAAAUCGACAUCAUCGAAGCAGUCGCAUCCCACGUCCGAGGCUCUCGCGGUUUCGCAUCCAUGUCAGCCCAAAUCGCACCCUUCAACAUUGGUUACAACCUCACCGACACCCCCGGUUCCACCGAAUUCUUCUCCCCUGAUGCCGAACUUAACUCCUACACCGGUUCCGUAUACCAACAAGCCGCUUCCGGUCUCGUCUACACAAAGCGAUCCGCUUACGAAGACACACAAGCAACCUUCUCCUCCUACGGAUUCGAAUACAACCCUGGCUCCGACCCUGAUUCGUACAUUCUCUGGACAGUAGAUGGCGAUCCAAUGUGGCGGCUCAACUCGCAAGCACUCGGUCCCGAUGCGGGUACGCAAAUCGGUCAGAGACCCAUUCCGUACGAACCAAUGUAUAUUCUCUUGAAUCUGGGUAUUAGUGCAAGCUUUACAACGGUGGAUUGGAGACAUUUGACUUGGCCGGCGACAAUGUUGGUGGAUUAUGUCAGAGUUUGGCAGGUCGAAGGGGAGGAGAAUGUGGGUUGUGAUCCGGAGAAUGCUCCGACGGCGGCGUAUAUCGAGAAACAUAAGGAGGCGUAUUAUAAUGCGAACUUGACAACUUGGACUGAGACGAGGGAGAGAGGUGGCUAUGCGCAGAGCUUCCCAGGUAACUCGAUGCUUGGACAGUGUUGA